AUGUACGAGCUCAAGCCAACCGUUAGCCAUCGGAACAGACGCCUGACUCCUGCCGUAGCGGACGGCAGAAGACCUUCUACAGGCGUGUUUGAAGAGAGGGGAAAGCCAACUGGUCCUCGUCAGGCCCAGGGUGUGCCGCCUGAACUACGCAACCUCACCGCUGAACUUAUCUUCAUCGGUGUUUGCUCUGCCGGGCAGCUCCUAUUUGCCUUCUUGAUGGGCGACGUCAAUGUCAACCAGCAAUCCCUCAAGAUUGCCCUUGGUUUGGAACAGGGUGAAAUUCCAUGGCUUACGGGAGCCUUUUUGAUAGCACUUGGGCUCAGUGUCAUUCUCUCCGGAUCACUCACGGAUAUCCUUCCACCAAAAAUGCUUAUUGUAGGUGCUUUUGUAUGGCUUACAAUCUGGAAUCUCAUUGGCGCAUUCACAUUGACCCCCGAGCGCGCCAUCGCCUUCUUCGUGAUGCGAGCAAUGCAAGGUCUCGCCGUUGGAGUCCUCGUAUCGGGCAGCAUGUCCAUCUUGGGGAGAGUCUACAAUCCGGGACAGCGUAAAACUCGUGUCUUCUCUGCCAUGGCGGCAGCCGCGCCCUUUGGGUUCUGGCUGGGUGCGCUACAAGGCGGUGCGCUCUCCGCCCAUCUCGAGUGGAUCUUUGGCAGCAAUUCCAUCAUCUGCGGUCUCUGCGCCGCGGCAGCAUAUGCUACGAUCCCUUCCCUACGUCCGGUUGCUGAUAGUGCAUCGUCGACUGCACCGUCCAUCAAGAACUUUGACUGGAAGGGGGCUAUCUGUGCCAUUGUAGGUUGCAUAUGCCUUCUCUUUGGUCUCACACAGGGCUCAGUAGCGCACUGGUCACCGUACACCUACGUCCUGAUCAUAGUCGGGAUCCUUGUACUCGGGCUGUUCUUCUGGCUAGAAACGACUGUCCCUCGUCCGCUCGUCCCCGCCCGCCUCUGGAAAGUACCUGGCUUCGCGCCUCUGAUGAUGGCAUAUUUUCUCGGCUUCGGCGGCUUCGUCGGUGCCUGGCAAUUCUACGCCGUACAAUUCUUCCUCACUCAACAGCAUGUUUCGUCCAUGACCGUAGCCCUCUAUCUCCUCCCCAACGCCAUCUGCGGCGUCCUCGCAACAUGGAUGGUCUCGAAGCUCAUGCAUCGCAUCCCAGGACACUACAUCUUUCUCGCCUCGCAGUUUGCUUUCGCGCUGGGACCUGCGUUCUUCCUCCCGCAAACAGCAUCAACAAAUUACUUUGCUCUCUCAAUGCCUGGGAUUGGACUAGCUACUUUUGGACCCGAUCUUAGUUUCGCGGCUGCGAGUAUCUACAUCACGAGCCAGGUUCCUCGGAGUUAUCAGGGUUCUGCUGGCAGUUUGCUGGUCACGAUUCAGAAUUUGAGUAGUGCUAUCAUGACAAGUGUGGCGGAUAGUAUUGCUGCAAAGGUUGAUACGCAGGAAAAUGGGGAGGUGGGUUUGGAGGGAUUGAGGGCUGCUUGGUGGUUGGCUUUGGCGGCUGCUGUUGUGGGUGGAGUCAUCACGGCGGUGUGGGUGAGAAUUCCGAAGGAGGUGGAGAAGGAUCAUGUUGCAUGA